GGCACUUCCGGCGCGGGCGGUGUGGCCGCUGCGCUCCCGCCGCCGUCCCCGGCCCGGCCCGGCCCCGCUCCCCUUCCCGGGCGCCGCCUCAUGCAGCGCCGCGACGACCCCGCCGCUCGUUUGUCUCGCGGACAGGGCCCCGGCGGCCGCGCGCCGCCGCGCCGACCGCCCCGUGGCGGAGGGGCCCGCGGGGCCGCCAGCGGAGCGCAGCCGCCGCCCGGUGCGGCCGCGGCCGGCGGGGCCUCAGGCGCCGGUGUGGCUGGCGGGAAGAUGGAGCCCGAGAACAAGUACCUGCCCGAGCUGAUGGCCGAGAAGGACAGCCUGGACCCGUCCUUCACGCACGCCAUGCAGCUGCUCACCGCAGAAAUUGAAAAAAUUCAGAAGGGCGAGACAGCCAAGAAGGACGAAGAAGAGAAUUACCUGGAUUUGUUUUCCCACAAGAACAUGAAACUGAAGGAACGAGUUCUGAUCCCUGUCAAGCAGUACCCCAAGUUCAACUUCGUUGGGAAGAUUUUGGGACCCCAAGGCAACACCAUUAAGAGGCUUCAGGAAGAAACUGGAGCAAAAAUCUCUGUGCUGGGGAAAGGCUCCAUGAGGGACAAAGCCAAGGAGGAGGAGCUGCGCAAGGGCGGCGACCCCAAGUACGCGCACCUCAACAUGGACCUGCACGUUUUCAUCGAGGUCUUCGGGCCGCCCUGCGAGGCCUACGCCCUCAUGGCCCACGCCAUGGAGGAGGUCAAGAAGUUCCUGGUCCCUGACAUGAUGGAUGACAUCUGCCAGGAGCAGUUCCUGGAGCUCUCCUAUCUCAACGGGGUCCCGGAGCCCAACCGCGGCCGAGGCGUCCCCGGGCGGGGCCGGGGGGCAGCCCCACCUCCCCCUCCCCCUGUGCCAAGGGGCCGCGGGGUCUGUGCCCCCCCCGUGCCGCGGGGGGCGCUGGCGCGGGGGGCCGCGGUGCGGGGGGCCCUGCCGCGGGGGGCAGCGCUGGCCCGGGGCGUGCCCCCCGCCCCCCGGGCACGGGCUGCUGCCCUCCAGAGGAUCCCUCUGCCCCCGCCCGUGCCCGACACCUACGAGGAAUACGGCUACGAUGACACGUACGCAGAGCAGAGCUACGAGGGCUACGAGGGCUACUACAGCCAGGGCCAAGGGGAUACAGAAUAUUAUGAUUAUGGACAUGGGGAGGCACAGGAAACCUAUGAAGCUUAUGGCCAAGAUGACUGGAAUGGAACCCGGCCCUCCCUGAAGGCGCCCCCAGCCCGGCCCGUCAAGGGGGGCUACAGAGAGCACCCCUACGGCCGCUACUAACCCCAAAAACGGGGCAAAAACCCCCAGUUAGGAGCAAACUCUUGUUUCUGGUUCUUGUAUCUCCCGGGAUUCCCGUUGCUUUACCCACAGCAGACAAGUAAUUGUCUCCCUGUUUUUCUUCCUGGCCCUUUUUUUCCUUCCCACUCCAUCCUCACCCCUGCAUUUUUGGCUUCUGUAUGUAGUGAUUUCUUGAGAUGAAAUUUAAAUAGAUUUUAGAGGGGGGGAAAAAAGUUUUUAAUUUUUAUUAUUUUUAUUUUUUUUUUCUUCCUUCGGUGUGUAGAUGGCUUUUCUUUCUUUGUUGUUUUAGGUAAAAAAAAAACAAACAAACUGUACCUUUUUUUAAGGAAAAAAAAGACAAAAAAAAAAAAAAAAACUAAAAAGCAAGUUAAAAAACUGUUAGUUUCCAAAAGUGAAAUGCUUUGCUUAGUUCUGAAAUUAAGGUUUUGUUAAAACUUUUAAAGUUUGUUUUAAAGGAACCCAUAAAGGUUGUAGUUGCAGAAUCCCAAAGUAGGCUACAUUUCAAAAUUCAGGGUUAUUUUUUAAGAAUUAAAAUCUUAAUGUAACAGUAGUGGCUGCCACCAUUAAAAAAAAAAAGCAAACAAACAAAAAAUAA